CCUCUCUAAAUUGCAGCUGAGAACAGUUUGAGCGAUGUAUCCUCAAGGUUACCCAACUGAAGCCGUUCCAUUGCAGGCUGUGAGUUAUGGCGGACACCCUGGAGUGGUCCAGCACACUGCUGUGAACAUCACCGCAGGGCAACAAGUCAUCACUGAGCCCCCCAAAGACCAUAUCAUCUGGUCGCUUUUUUCCCUUGUCUACGCAAAUCCUUUCUGCUUUGGACUUGCAGCUGUCAUUUAUUCCAUCAAGGCCAGAGACAGGAAGAUGGUUGGAGAUAUGGAUGGUGCACGACAUUAUGGCUCCACUGCUCGCAAUCUCAACAUUGUUGCCACAAUCAUAGUUACCACUGUAAUCCUGAUUACCAUUAUUACGUUCAGUGUUAUUACAGCUCAAGCAGCUUCCUAUUACAGUUACAGUAACAGUUACAGAUACAACUAUCAUUAUUAAUUACUUUAUAAUCAUUUUAUAGAUUAUACAGUUUCCUCCUGCUGUGAUGAGGUCACAUUUGUGUUUUCCUGCUUAGAAUAAAUUUUACAACCUUCUAGAACCUUUUAAUCACAUCAUCUGGAAAAGAAGACAUUUGACAGAAAUCUUAAAUGGAAGUCUUCUCUAUUUCUUUA